UCCAGGAUCUUCAGUCUCCUCCAUCUGCCCAGGGGUUGUGGGACAAGGAGGCGCAAGACGUGAGAGGCAUGGCAUUCAUGGUAAAGCACAUGAUAGGGGGACAACUGAAGGAUCUCACCGGGGGUCUUGGAGAAGAGAAAGUCGAAGGGGAGAAGUCCGAGGCGGCAGCUAAGGGGAUGACACAGGAGGAGUUUGAGGAGUAUCAGAAGCAGCUGGCUGAGGAAAAGAUAGAGAGAGAAGCCAGCUUUACACAAAAGAAAGCGGAGAGAGCCACAGUCAGGAGCCACUUUCGGGACAAAUACAGGCUGCCUAAGAGUGAGCUGGACAAAACACAAAUCCAGGCAGCGGGCAAGGACAUAGCCCUGCCCUCGGAGCUGGCUGAGAUGAUCGCUGAGGACAACCAAGAGGAAGAGCACAAGCUGUCGGUCCUGGGUCAGCUCAGCAGCUUAGGGGAUGUGGAUAUUGACCAGCUGAAGGACAAAGCGCAGGCCACAUUAGGAGAUCUCAAAGAGACAGCAGAAAAAUGUGACGUCAUGUAAUUGAAGCUCUUACACACAGUAAAUCUCAGGAUGAGAGAGCGAAUCUGAGUUAUUUAUAUAUUUGCUCUCUUAAUAAUAAUAAUAAUAAUCAUCAUCACUGAUUUAAUCAUUAACAGCACAUUCCUUAUACGUAGUCUAUGCAAAUAUCGUACAGUGUUGAUCAAAAAGCUUUGUUUUACUUAUUUUGUUUUUGUAAAAUUGUUACAAAAAUAAUGAUUCACGUAUUUUGCUGCUGCUGCUGUUGUUGUUGAAUAAAUGUUGUUAUUCUGAGACAUUCUAAAACGCUUAAUGUAAAAAAAUGGUUAAAGCGGCUUAAUGCGAUAAGACCAAACUCUGUAAUUGCAUUAAUAAUAAAGCAUACUAUGUAAAGACAAGUUUAAUUACGCGUUAUGUGGUUUUCUCCCAUAGAAAACUCUUAAGAAAUAAUCAUAAUGUGGCUUAAUGCGAUGACAACUUUUUUAAAAAAAAACAAACUCAACCAAACUGCUUGUCUGUACAGAGUAUGCUUUAUUAUUAAUGUGUUUAAAACCACUGUCUUCUCGCAUUAAUCCACGUUCAAAGCUUUUUUUUUCCACGUCAGGCGUUUUAGUAUAUCCCGUGUAUUCGUCUAUCACUAUGGCAUAUAAGAAAUUUUCUCACUGUGGGACAAAUAAAGGUAUAUCUUAUCUUAUAUGGUGGAUGCAAAUAA